AGGGUUUCUUUCUUUGCUUGUUUUGGGGCCUAAAGUUCAAAUCACAUAGCCUCAUCCCCAAACGCUGCCAACUGGGAAGAAGAAGAGAAAGUGUGUGUGAGCGAGCGAGAGAGAGAGAGAGAGAGUGGUAGCAUUAACAUAUCCCCCAAAGCCAGCCAUCCAGACUCGUCGCGCUUCCAUCUUAGCCACGCACAACACAACGAUGGAUAGGUACCAGAGGGUGGAGAAGCCGAAAGCAGAGAGUCCUAUAAAUGAGAACGAGAUACGCAUUACUACUCAAGGAAGGAUGAGGAAUUAUAUAACCUACGCCACCACUCUCCUUCAGGAGAAAGGAUCUGAGGAAAUUGUUCUUAAAGCAAUGGGACGUGCUAUAAAUAAGACUGUAAUGAUUGCUGAACUGAUCAAGAGAAGGAUUGUUGGCCUGCAUCAGAACACUCUAAUCGGAUCAACUGAUAUAACUGACAUGUGGGAACCGCUAGAAGAAGGCCUUCUUCCUUUGGAGACUACUCGCCAUGUUUCAAUGAUCACAAUUACCUUGUCAAUGAAAGAACUGGAUACAUCCUCCACUGGAUACCAACCUCCUAUUCCAGUUGAUCAAGUAAAACCUUUAAAUGAAUAUGAAGAGGAAGGAGAAGGCUCACCAAGGAUGCGAGGAAGAGGGCGUGGUCGUGGUCGUGGAAGGGGCAGGGGUAGAGGAUUUUACAAUGGGGGUAUGGAAAAUGGUGAUGGCUGGGAUGGUGGACGUGGCUAUGGUGGCAGAGGGCGAGGCCGUGCAAGGGGUCGUGCUUUCCGGGGACGGGGACGAGGCUAUGGUGCCCAGCCGGUUGGGUACUAUGACUAUGGUGAAUAUGAUGCGCCACCUGCCCCACGUGGUCGUGGACGUGGAAGGGGAAGAGGCCGGGGACGUGUUCGUUAUGAAGGCCGGGGAGCAGCUGCUUGAUAUAUGAUGUUGGUUAUCAUGUGUAUGUUCUGUUAGAUGGUUGUCCUUCUGCAUAUCAUUUGCGUGAUCUGCUAAUAUUUUGGUAUUAUUUGCAACGUUCAAUGUUGCAGCCAUGUUCCUGCAGUUUUGUUUUUGUAGUUUUUCUUUGUAACCUCUAUAAUUUUGCCUAGAUCGGUAGGUGGAGUUAGAUAUAUUUCAUUUGUUUAAAUACUUAAAAAAAUUAAAUUGUAAAAUUUUUUAAUAGGAAUUAUAGCAGUAAGUUAUUUUCGAAGUUUUUAGGUGGAAGUUUCAUUUCUGUUGAAAUUUUGGAUAGGAAUGAGGCGUCAUAGAUUACUCUUUUUUACUGAGCAGUUGAAGACUCUAAUUUUCUGGUUUUUCUAUU